AUGGAAAAAGUUGCAGUUUUUAGAUUGUUAAUACCUUAUCUCUGUUUGAUAGCAAGAUGGUUUGUUUCUAAUGGCGUUGCACAGUCAGUGAAAUGUCUGACAUCUGAUCAAGAAACUCUUAUCAACUUCAAAAAUGGUCUUCAAGAUCCUGAGAACCAUCUUUCAUCAUGGCAAGGAAGCAACUGCUGUCAAUGGAGUGGAGUUAGCUGUAAAAAUAGUACAGGAGCUGUUGUUGCAGUUGAUCUUCAUAACCCACAUCCAUCUGGUUAUGAUUCCUCUGGCAGGUAUGGAUUCUGGAACUUGAGUGGUGAGGUUAGACCUUCAUUGAUGAAACUCAAGUCUUUGAGAUAUUUAGAUUUGAGCUUCAACACCUUCAAUGGCAUCCCAAUUCCUAUAUUCUUUGGAUAUUUGGAGAAUUUGCAAUAUCUUAACCUAUCAAAUGCUGGGUUUAGUGGCAAAAUACCUCCGAAUUUGGGAAAUCUCUCUAGCUUGGAGUAUCUUGAUCUCAAGUUUUCAACUUUAACAGUUGAUAAUCUUGAAUGGAUGGCUGGUCUUACCUCUCUGAAACAUCUUAUGAUGAAUGGAGUUGACCUUUCAAUGGUAGGAUCUGACUGGGUAGGGACAAUACAGAAGCUACCAGUUUUGAUGGAGUUGCAUCUAUCUUCUUGUGGUCUAUCUGGUUAUAUUCCUUCACUUGCCUUUGUUAAUUUUACUUCCCUUGCUGUGAUAGAUCUUAGCUUUAACAUGCUCAAUUCAAAGAUUCCUGAUUGGCUUGUAAAUAUAAGUACUCUUGCAUAUGUUGACAUUAGCUCCAACAAAUUGUAUGGAAGAAUUCCACUUGGUUUUAGUGAGCUACCAAAUUUGAAGAGUUUGAAUCUUGUAUCGAAUAGCAAUCUUACAGCAAGUUGUUCCCAACUAUUCAAUGGAAGGUGGAAAAAUAUAGAAGUCCUUGAUCUAGGUUACAAUAAAUUACAUGGGAAACUUCCUACUUCCUUUGGAAACUUGACAUCUCUCACUUAUGUUGGUCUCUCUGCCAAUAAUAUUGAGGGUGGCAUUCCAAGCUCCAUUGGUAAACUGUGCAAUUUGAAAUUUUUUGAUUUAUCUUUCAAUAACCUAACAGAAUCUUUGCCAGAAAUCAUAGAAGGAACAGAAAACUGUCUAUUUAGAAGUCCUCUGCAUGGUCUACAACACUUGAGAUUGAGCCUCAAUUACUUUCAUGGUACAUUACCAAAUUGGUUGGGUCAGCUUGAAAACCUUAUUGAACUUGAUCUUGGAUAUAAUUUGAUUCAAGGUUCCAUCCCUUCUUUUUUGGGGUCAUUGCUACAUCUUACUCAAUUGGGACUAGAGGGGAAUGAACUCAAUGGGACUCUCCCAGAUAGCUUAGGACAACUUUCUGAGUUGUCCAGUUUUGAUGUUUCCUUCAAUCAUUUAACAGGAAUAGUCACUGAAUCACAUUUUUCAAAGCUCACUAAGCUGAAGAUCUUGCACUUGUCUUCCAAUUCAUUCACUUUGAAUGUUAGUUCCACUUGGGUCCCUCCAUUCCAAAUCCGAAAUCUUGAUAUGGGUUCCUGCCAUUUGGGCCCUUCAAUUCCAGCUUGGCUUAAAUCACAGAAGGAGGUCAUGUAUCUAGACUUCUCAAAUGCUAGCAUUUCUGGUUCCAUACCAAGUUGGUUUUGGGAAAUUUCUUCUAAUUUGUCGCUUUUAAAUGUUUCCUUCAAUCAAUUAAGUGGUCAAUUACCAAAUCCAUUAAAUGUUGCUCCGUUUGCAGAUGUUGAUUUGAGCUCCAACCUCUUUGAAGGACCCAUUCCUCUUCCAGUUGUUGAGAUCGAAUUGCUAGAUCUCUCAAACAAUAUGUUCUCUGGUCCUAUACCAAGGAAUAUAGGUGCAUCCAUGCCUAAUCUGAUCUUCCUCUCUCUUUCAAAUAAUGAAAUAACAGGAGAUAUCCCUGCUAGUAUGGGAGAUAUAAAUUUGAUUGAAGUCAUUGAUCUUUCGAGCAACAACUUAACAGGCAACAUCACAGCAAGCAUAGGGAAUUUUUCUUUAUUAAGGGUUCUAGACCUCAGUGGCAACAACUUAUAUGGGGGAAUUCCAUACUCCUUGGGUCAACUAAAAUUGCUUCAGUCACUUCACCUGAGUGGCAACAAGCUCUCUGGAGAGCUCCCUCUGUCUUUUCAAAAUCUGUCAAGUUUGGAAACUUUGGAUCUUGGAAACAACAUGAUGGAAGGUACCAUUCCGCCGUGGAUUGGAGCUGGUUUUAGAUAUCUUAGACUUCUCAACUUGCGUUCAAAUUCAUUUUCAGGAGAACUUCCCCCUAAACUUUCAAAUUUAAGCUCAUUGCAAGUCCUAGACUUGGCAGAAAACAAGUUGAGUGGCACAAUUCCUGUUAGCUUUGGUGAUCUAAAUGCUAUGGCUCGAGUGCAAAUCAGAAACCAGUAUCUUUUCUAUGGCAAGUACAGGGGCGUCUACUACAAAGAAAGCUUGGUUGUGAAUGUGAAAGGCAGUGCUCAAAGGUUCAGCAAGACUCUUUCCCUUGUGACUAGCAUAGACCUUUCUGGAAAUAACUUACAAGGAGAUCUUCCCCAAGAACUAACAAAAUUAGCAGGUUUGGUGAUUCUGAACUUGUCUAGAAACCAUAUCAGUGGCCAGAUUCCUGAUCGCAUUUCAAAUUUGCGUCAACUUUCAUCUCUUGAUCUCUCAAAUAAUAGCCUUUCGGGUCCGAUUCCUCCAAGCAUGUCUCUGUUAUCAUUUCUGGGGUUUUUGAACUUGUCAUACAAUAACUUCUUGGGUACCAUUCCUUACACUGGUCAUAUGACAACUUUUGAAGCAUCAUCUUAUGCUGGGAACCCGGGUCUUUGUGGUGCUCCACUGGUUGUAAAGUGUCCAAGUGAAGAAACUCCUGUAGGGGGAUCUAUUGAAACUUACAGUGAGGACAAACUCAUUGAUACUUGGUUUUACUUGAGCCUUGGGCUUGGAUUUGCAGCAGGUAUUCUAGUUCCUUAUUUCAUUUUAGCAAUUAGAACAUCUUGGAGGAAUGCCUACUUUGCUUUUGUUGAUGAAGUUGUUGACAGAUUAUGCUGCAUGAGACUCAGAAGAACAACACAUCUUGGAAACAGAAGACGUCAUCUGCAUUAG